AUGACCCUGCCAUCUACAAGAGAACUAGAGCUCGAGGCUCUGGUUCGCCAAAGAGAUGAACAAAUCUCAGAGCUGAACGAUGAUAUCACCAGGCUGCGACGAUAUAUCUCAAGUCAAAACGCCCCUUCUUUCAGUGACCCUAUCACGCUACCUCCUUCAAUCCUCUCAAUCUUAGGCCAGCAACUCAGAAGUUCCGCGAAGGAUUCCGCACCAGGGUCAUCCACUGUCAUUAACGCCUUAAUACAAAGGUCCCGUUUACUGCAAGAGGAGAACGAUGAACUAUAUGAAAUCUUAAAAUUGAAAGAGACGGGGAAGCUGAAGGAGGAAGUGCGUGGGCUUCGCAAAGUGGUACAGCGGCUUGAAAGUGGACUUCGCGAAUCGCACCAAGUUAUUACAACGCUAUCGACUGAACUUGACAAGACUCACGAGGCGCUCUUGGCUUCCUCCAAGCAUGUCAGCCCUGUUCCUCCACCUUCGGAUCUGCGGAACGCAUCGAGGUCGCCUCGGAACACCUUCCGUGAAUUAGCUCCAACCAACUCGUCGGUCAUUGGCAAUGGUCCUCAACGACUUCCCCCAACCGGGCCUCGUGCUUUUAAGAAGGCCCGUCUCUCAGACUCACAUUCCCAAGCGUCCCCCCCUCCAUCACGCCCCCCUCCUUCUACCUCUCAUCGACAGCACGGUACCUCAUCGAACCAUCCAGACUCUACCAACCGGUCUGCUGACCGUGGGGGAAGCGAGCACCACCACUACUCUCGAGACCGUCCUCGACAUUCGUCAGCUGCUUAUUCUAGCGACAAGGACAGAGAGCGAGAUAACGGUGCCGGGCUGCCCAGUAAGCCGCCUCCGCCAUCACAUCGUCCUUCAUCAAACAAGAUGGAUGUCGACGACGAUAAACGGGAGAGAAGGCCGCGACCUGCUUCUGGUCCUGCAGAUAGAGAGCGCAAUCGACAGCGUGGCGAUACCUCUUCCAAUGUCGGCGGUGACAAUUCUGUUGUUCGCGACUCCUAUGAGAAAGAUAGGGCACCUCGCGACCGCGAGCGAGAGCACGGCGGGGGCGGUGGAGGCAAAGAACGUGGGCGGGACAGAGGCGGAAGUGGUCGUGACCGCGAGCGUAACGACACCAACGCGACAAAUAGAGGUGGACAAGGUAACGGAGGAGGUGGGCGGCGCAACGGAGGACCCUUUCCAGGAAACAAUUACGGAGGCGGACGCGGUAAUAAUGGACAAGGACACCAUCGCAGGACCAACAACGACCAUCGGACAUCUGGCGCUGGCUUAUCGUCAGCCCGUGAUAGUAAUGCCAUAGAUCGGACGUUGGCAGAGCGUAUGGGACUUUAA